UUUAGAUGUUGCUAUUUAUUUUAUAAUUAUUAAAAAUUACAUCUUCUCCUAAUAACUUUACUUUCCACACUAACAAAAUUCUUCUUUUUAUCAUCAUCGCCGAGUUUCCUCAUCAUUUUGUAAAACCUCACAAAAUUUACGGCCCUGGCUUGUGACUGAAACAAAUCGAAAUGAUCCUCUUCUAUUGGAGCUAAAGUUCCAGCACAUGGAUCAGCUUUGUAGAGCAAUUGCUUCAGAAGCAUAACGUCCUCCUUCAAUUGCCUCAUGUGUUGAAGCAGGUCUAGCUUAAAGUCAUUUAAAUCGAAACUAUCAUCGCUUAAAGUUUGAAUAGUUUGCGUAGUGCUCGGAAUGUUGGCGAUCUGAAUAGCUUUGUCUUGUGAAAGUUGAACUUCAAGCCCUUUGGGUUGAAAUUUUUCCAUUAGAGAAACGAGAUACAUCAAAGUGUUUUUAAUGUGAAAUUGUUGUUCCAUUUGAACUUCUAAAGAUUUGUACAGCAUGAUUUGCAAUUCGUGAUUGGAUUUCUAGAAAUUAAAAGCUUUAUUGUGAAAGUGAAUAUUAUUACUUACUUGUCGAGCAUGGAAGCAGCAAGUGAAAAGGCUUAAAACACUGCGAAGCCUUUUUCUAAUUUUUUGGCCCAUUUUUACUGUGAAAUUUUGACUAAAAUACAAACGUCAAUGUAAGUGCAAUGUCAAAGGCCGACAAGAUGACUUCUGCUACGAAAAAAACGGGAAAACUUGGCACGGAGAAGGAGGAUGAACCAGAUUAUCUGGAAACGAUUGCCAAAGAUCCAGAUUUCCAUUUGGGCACUGGUAAUUUUGAUUUUCCAAAUGGGGACAGUUACGAGGGGGAGUUUUGUGCCCAUUCGAGCGGAGUUGUUUGGAGACAAGGGAAAGGUAAGUACACCAGCAAGGAUGGACAAAUAUAUGUAGGAGAAUGGGACGGUGAUGCCCUUUUGGAAAACAAAGACGUAGAGAUCACUUACAAAGAUGGCAGCAAAUACUACGGCGCCCUCCUUCAAAGCCAAUACACCGGCCCAGGUGUGUACCAGCUCCAAGAAAACCUCGCCCUUACGUGCACCUUUGCCGAAAACAAACCCACAGGCGAAAUAACCUUGGUAGAUCCCAAUCUGAAGAUGUGGUACGGUUUUGCCGAAAAAGACGAGAGCCUUUUCGUGCAAGAGCACCCUUUCUACGGCUCAAUCGGGAAGGAUUUGGGCAAAGGCAAAUGCAAAAACCCGCCCCCGAAAGACAGCAAAUUGAGCCUCAAAAAAUCAUUGAGCGUAAAAAGCGUCCCAUCGAAAACCUUCAUUGCAUUUGAAAAGUCCAAAAAAACUCCUUCAGAUUUGGAUUUCAAUGAGUCUAGUUGGUACAAAGACUAUGUUGAAUAUUGCGAUAAAUUUGAGGACAUUGUGCAUAAAGCUAGAACCAACGGAGAAACAACUUUAAAAGAGGAAGAAUACCAAUGGUACAAAAACUAUAAGGAGUUUGAAAAAAAAUACAAUCUUUUAUUGAAAGAACACAAAUUUCCUUUAACAAAAAAACUCCAAGCGAAUACAGACCUGUUUCAACUCAUUCACUCUGAGGAAUACAAAAAGGCUAAUACGCCAAUAAAAGUAAUUUAUCCUACAAUAAUCAAUAAAUAAAAUAUCAUGUAGUUUUGAGCCCCUUAAAUCCGCGUCCUAAAAUAAAAAUUUCAGCCGAAUCUGAUCUACUAGAGCUAGGUUUGACCACCUUAACAGUCUCGUAAAACUUAGCAAUAUCCUUUUCCAAAGCUUGAGUUUGCCCGCAUUGCCACAACUUGACCAACACUGAUGCCCCAGUGUUGGACAUGGUAACGGCAAAUUUUAAAGCUGCAUAGCAUAAUUGUAGAAUAUUUUCCGUGUCCAAAUCCCUGAUGCCUGUAGCGUUGGGGGCCAUGUCUGAUAUUACUGCAUCCAGUUUUUUGUCGUUGAGGAAUUCUAGGAGUUUUUGCUGGCAGGAUUUCUCUGUGAAGUCUGAGUUACCAAAAAUAGUGGCGCCCUAAAC